ACCGCUACAUUUUCCCACUUUCCCUCAGUUUGUCUGCAACGCGUGGACCGGGCGCUCGUGUCCGCGUGCACGAGAACCUCGCGGACCGAUUACAACCCUUUAUUGACAUACCUAUCACGCGAGAUCUAAAUAAAAAGUUUGUCUGUACUCUUUGAAAAAUGUGACAAAAGACUACGUUUCAUGCAAGGUGGUGUGAACACCAUAAAGUGAGGAGUAUAGUCUCCUCAGCGACCAGAUGAUCAGUUUCAGUGUUAUCGGGAGCGAGAGAAGGCCACAAAAAUUGCUCCCCACGGCAGUCCAGCGCGCGCGUACAUCGCCUAUCACAAACUCGGGACAGGCAUGGAGGCCCAGACCGCCACGCCGCAAACCGAGUGCGAAUGUGGCGUACACCCUUCAGUCUUCUACCUGCUGGCCACCUUGCUCCUCACCAGCUGCUCGACGGCGAUGCUAUGUGCGGCCAUCAUGACAGAGCAUUGGGAGCAUGUGGUGUGGGAGCACGCUGCAUUGGCUGCUCUCGCCAACGCUUCCAAUACCGCCCUGCAGUGGCUACUCGACGAGAAAGUCGCAAAGAUUGAAGAUACAAGUAAUCGAAAGGGCGGGGGGACCUUUCUAGUGCCGAUGAACGGAGGCAUCUGGACGAUGUGCGUGUCUCUUGAAGAGGAAGAGGUGUCGAUAUUGUCCAGGGUCGGCUUCCCCUCGCAGCCAGUAUGCACAAAUUAUUUAGCAAACAGUGACGAUGAGGAGCCUCGAGCUGAUUGGCAACAUCGUAUGCAGAAUCUAUCCAUAUCAUGCGCCCUAGUCUGCCUCAUAGUACUGGGCAGCGCGGCCCUGGUGGGCGCGUUCGGCAUCUGCAAGCAUCAGAUCAGCGCCGUACUUAUUACAGGCGUCAUGUAUCUGUUAGCCGGUUUGUUCGCCAUGUUCACACUAAUGAUCAUCCACUUCAAGCGGGUGCAGCGUGUGUCAGCUCGUGGCAGCUCGCACGCAGACGGCACAGGGGACGGUGUAGUCGGCCCUCGAGGACCUGCACUCUCACUCCUCUCCGCUAGAGAGUUCUCCACCGCCUGGUCUCUCGAACUUGGCUGGGGAGGAGUCGCCCUCGCCACCACCACCUCCCUCCUCUGGAUCCUCCUAUCCAAAAUCAUGAGGUACAACCCUAUCUCCGCUAUGCUCCUCUUAAUCUAAUCACUCCUCGAUUGAAAUCUUCCCUAGAUUUUCUUUCAUACAAAUUACUAGUCAAUUACCAAUUUUAAGGUUUUGAAAUGUUGGUUAGCAGGCGUAACCGUGCAGGGAAGAUCUCAUUUGAUGUUAAUUUUAUAAAUACUUAGUACAUAAGAAUUAAGAAAAAAAAAGAACAAUUCACAGAGAUAUUAUUUGCAUUAUACCCCAAGGCUUUAUAGAAAAUAGUACGUAAACGUGCUCGUUUCGCGACCUUUUUAAAUUCUUAACAGCUAUGACUUACUUUACUCCAACGUUACGCUUUGAAUUUGAAUAAGCUUUAGAUAAUCGCCGAGCUUGCUGCCGUCCAUUGCUAUAAAUGUUAUUGUUAUACUUCUCCUUUCUAUUAUUAUACUUUUACGUAAUUCCCUUACCUACCUAUAGUAGGGGAGCCCACGAAACAAAAUUUGGAUUUACUCGAGCGUCUUCGUCUUCGAGAAACCUACUGAAUUUUUGAGGUGAUAGAAAGAAAAAAUGGUUUAGUGACAUUUCCUAGCACCGGUGGAGGAAAGGGGAACAAAUCUUUAACUUUUGUUCUAGAGCGUAUCAGAUAUUGCUCGUGUACAAGCUACAUGUGUCUCUGAUAAUGAAAAACCCUUAAUCUGCCAGUUUGGAUAGUGGGGUUAAAUGUUAGGGCCAACGAACACAACACCCUACCACUCGUAGAAAUCAUGCUCAAAUGAGCAUUUUUUCUUAAAUGCUUCCUUUAGAAUGCCUUCGAUCUCUCUUCCUUUAAUCUGUCAGAACUAAACAGACUCCAUUUAGAUAUACAUUUUUUUAUUUUUUUAAUUCCCCUGUCAAAGCAGAUCGGAAAUAUGGUGGGUAUAUUCAACAUGACACUAAGUAUUGCACAUACAUAUGUUAAUUUCACGCGCUCGAGUAACUACUGAAAUCCCAUCAUGGGCUCCCCUGCCACUAAUAUUGCUAUCUACUAAACUAAUUAUACAAUGUUACAUACUUACUAAAUAAAUAAAGUUUUAAAAAUAUUUUAAGUAUUCGCUCUACUUGUUCUACAGAUGAACUAUUAGACGCUUUCAUAGUCGAUAAAGUUCUGUGCAUUUAAUAAAUUAAAAAAUAAUAUUCGAGUUACCAGCUCCCGGCCUAAUAUUUAAAAAUAUAUUUCAAUAUCUCACUGUUGGUAGUUGUAGACACACGAGGAUAAACAAAAAUAGUUUCAGAGUCUUAACCAAUAAUAAAUAUAAAGCUAAUUAUUAUUUUAAAAAUAAUAUUUAGCGUUUUAAAGAGUUAUGGUGCUUUGAGUAUCAAAUUUAUUGAGUAAUUUAAUUGUGUGUAUUAGUAAUACAUGUUUUUUCGGAAAACGGAGUGAAUAGAAUUCAAGGGGUGAAUAAAUAUUGAACAUAUUCUAACAUCUAUUCACCCCAUUCCUGUAUCUAUUCAUCCUUUGAAUUCUAUUCACCCCGUUUUACCGUAUUAUAGUAAUAGUUGUGUAUGCUUUGGUUUUACUAUGAUGAACCCUUUUUAUUAUACUUUAAGAUAUUAAAUGUGAAAUUGUCAGUCCGAUAUAAUGAAUAUUGUACUACACUGGACAAGUAUCAGACAUUUAGAUCACGCACAUAUUCUUUGUAAGAGUUUCGGUUCAAAUUAUAAUAUUACAUAUAAUUUAAGUGUAUCUAAUAUUAAUGAGAAUAGUUUAAGUUAGUUACAAUAACUUAAUAAGAAGGGUAUGAAAUAUAUAAUUAAAAUUACUUAUACUUUAUAUUAUUUCAGUAGAAUUAAAUUAAAUCUCUAUUUAUAAGUAUAUUAAUCUCGUAGAUCGAGGGUGUACUUAUAACUGUAUAGUUCCAUGGUUUGCAUUAGAUAAUAUGUUAAGUUCUAUAUAAACCUACUUAUCUUUAGCUAUUUAUUUAAGUGAUUCUGGCAUACCUCUUUCGCUUCAUCGACAUUCAUCAAUCUCUUCAUGCGUAUUCGUCGAUUGGAAGUAUCGAAAUGUACCUAUCAAUAUGUCGACACCCGCUAAGUAUAAGUAUGUAUCUGCCAGAUACACGAAAUGGUUUUUAUUGCAUUUUUAGCUUCAACGUACCUGUAUCUAUCCAAUAAAAAAAUAUCAAAAAAAUUGUAACAGCCGAACAUGGUUUUUUUCAGACGCAUAAGUAUUUAUCUGAAUUAGCUAGGAAAUAAAUACAACGUACAAAUAUGGAAGUUCCAGUUAAAUAGUAGUACGCGGGGGGAUCGAGACGCGGGAUGCGGGCAUCUGCCGCUCGCUCAGUUCUUCGCGGUAACAGCGAGCGACACGCGCGAGCGGUGCGCUAUAUUUUAUUAAUAUAGUGAACGCUAUAAAUUCUUAGUAUCGUUAAAGCAAAAUGCAAUUAAAAGGCGACAGAAUCUCACCAUGUCACCACCAAAUGAAAUUUAUUCGUCACCUAGACAAGGUAAGUCCUAAUGAUAAUUAUUAUGGAAUUUUAGCCAUUCCCGGUGCAUAAGUGUGUAUCUACGUAGUUACACAUUUAUACACUGGAUUCAAUUUUAAUUGUAAAAUGUAUCUAGGCACUUAACUACUUAUUCCAUGGAUAUCGCGUAAAAUAUUCGAUAAAUAUUCCAUUGAAAAA